AUGUUUGGCGGGCUGGGAGAGGACAGGCAUCCGGUGCCGUUGUUUUAUUCCCGGAGGAGGCGGUGGGACCGGCAGGUCGCUUCCCUGCCGGAGCAGUUGGGAUUGCGAUUGGGGAUGUGGUACUGGAAAGAUGAAACCAGAACUCUUGAAUUCAGAAGAUGUGUCACAGAAAAUUCUGUUGUGUAGCUCCUAAAAUAUCACACUCAUUUUACACCUGCAAUAGAACUCAAGGAGAAAGGAAAGAAAGGCAAAGCAAUACACUUUGCUGAAACUGACGGCCCCGCUUCAGACAGGUUGACAGAUAAAAAGUUUGCUUCAAGAGACGAUAAGUCACCUAAAGCCUUAGAGAAACGAGGUCAGCAGGGCAACGUGACACUACAUGAUGCUAAAUUUGUUGCUUUGUUUUUGCUACAAGAUACUGAGAUGCAGCGGAUCUGUUCUUUUACAACAUUUAUGAGGAAUAAAAAUCUUGACAAUUUCCUCAUGGCAUUGUUGUACUAUUUAUCUCAUUACUUGGAAAAAAAUUCACUGGAAAAGAAACCCGAAAGCUAUAUGGUGGGCCUUGUAGAGAAGAAAGAGAUGGAAUUGGUUAUAAGUAAGUUAGAAGCGGCCCAGAAGUACUUGGCUCAGAAGUACUGCAUUCUCGUCCUGGGCUUGGCCAUGCCUGAUAAGCAUCACAUGUGCUGCGGAAAGGAGAAAAUAUCAGAUACACAGAAAGACUGGAAAUUCUUUGAGUCCUUUUAUACUUUCUGUACAUAUGUAGCUUGGAUUGUCUUCCGACGUCAACACUUCACAGAGAUUGAGGAAGAAAUAGGGAGGCUCUUUCGUACCAAUAUGUUCAACAUUCCUCGGAGGAAGCGCGAGGAUGAAGAAUCAAGGGGGUGGGGAAAGAAACACAUGACUUUUGUACAAUUCAGGAGAAUGAUGGCAAAACGCCCAGCGAUUAAAAAAGCCAUCAACAUGCGCUCUCCAGUCAUGUCUACUCUGCUGCCGUCUCUCAGAGAAAAAGCUCAGAAUGUCUUUGAGAAAAAGAAUCAUCAAGGAGGCAUCAGACUCCCAGCCCCGAGGCAAGAGCACAUGGACAGUCUGGGCUCUGUGCCCAUGCCAACAGUUGGCAUCUUGGGGGAGCCUCGGUGUCUGUUCAACCCCCAUACACUUCUCCCCCUUGAACCAGAAGAAAACACGAAAUCGGAUGGGAGACAUUCUUCCCUGAUAGAAAGAAAUAACAUGAAGAUCCAGGAUACACUGAACUUAGUCAUGAGAACACUGUCCUCUCAAACAACAUUCCCUAAACAAUCGGGUACAUUCCAUUUCUGUAAUUAAGUCCCUGUAUUUGAAGUAAACUACUUUGACUUAAUCACUUUAUCUAGGACUAAUAUUUAUUAUUAUUAAACUUUUUAAGUUCAAAUUAUUUUGUUAAAAGUUCAACAGUAGACAAAGAAUCCCAGA